UUGGUGGUUCAUUGCGUCGUCAUGUUGCUGCGGAGCUGCUGCACCGUCCUGACUCUGCUGCUGAUUAUCGCUGCUGCUGCUGCUGCUGCUGCUGCUGCUGCUGCAGCAGUAUUUGUGGAGCAGCGCGAGGCUAACGGCGUGCUGCAGCGAUGGCGUCGAGCGAACAGCGGCUUCCUGGAGGAGCUGAAGCAGGGAAACCUGGAGCGAGAGUGUGUGGAGGAGAUCUGUGACUACGAGGAAGCUCGAGAGGUGUUUGAAGACGACGACAAGACGAGGCAGUUCUGGACCACGUAUGAUCGUCGUGACCCCUGUCUGGUGAACCCGUGUAAAAACAACGGGGCGUGUGUCCACAUGGGGACGAGUUACGAGUGUCAGUGUCCAGAGGGAUACGAGGGACGGCACUGUCAGACCGUGUUUGAAGACUCGCUCAAGUGUCUCUACCAGAACGGACACUGUCAACAUUUCUGCGACGGCUCCACAGAAAGACGCAAAUGUUCCUGCGCUGAUGGAUACGAGCUUGGAGAGGACGCACGCCAGUGUGUGGCUCAGGUGCAGUUUCCGUGUGGUCAGGUGACCCCACAGGAAACAGGUGUGAUUGACAGCGUCCUGGAUCAGACCAGAGUGGUCGGAGCAAACCAUUGUCCUCGAGGACAGUGUCCCUGGCAGGUUCUGGUUCAAUUAAGUGGGCGGAGUCACUGCGGAGGCGUCCUUGUCAGUUCUGACUGGGUCGUCACUGCCGCUCACUGUAUCCAUGGCAACAGUCCCCAAAACCUCACUGUGGUGGCAGGUGAAAUCAACCUGGACGUCGACGACGGCACAGAGCAGAGGAUUCCCGUCGCCAUGGCGAUGGCUCAUCGCGCUUACGACCCGGCGACAGGCGACAGCGACAUCGCUCUGCUCCGGCUGAGUCGACCUUUGACCCUGAACCGCGACGUGAUCCCUGUGUGUUUGCCGACCGCAGAGCUGUCGCGGCGCGAGCUGCUGCUGACGCGGUACCACGCCGUGUCCGGCUGGGGAAAGCGGACGAGCGGCGGGAACGCCGAGGAUCCGGCGCCGGGAGUUCCUGUUUCCUCCGUUCUUCGCAGAAUGAGCGUUCCGAUCAUCUUAAACUCGCAGUGUUCGCAGAGCGCGCGCUUCAACUUCACCGCUAACAUGCUCUGCGCCGGGUACCUGGAGGGACGCCAGGAGAGUUGCCGCGGCGACGACGGCAGCCCACUUGUCACCCUGUACGGCGACACCCACUUCCUGACGGGUGUGGUGGGCUGGGGGCGGGGCUGUGCGCAGCCGGGGUAUUAUGGGGUUUACACCAAUGUGGCCAACUUUGUGGAGUGGGUGGAGAACACCAUGAAAGCCCCGCCCACUGAGAGGGUGGAGCAAAGUUUAGCUGAAAACAUGGAACAGAAAGUCAAAGGUCGGACUGUUGCGAAAUCCUGUUUACAGGUGGGAAGUCCCCGUGCGUGUGUGUGUGUGCAGGUCAAUGCUCGCUCGCCCAGCCUCCUCCACAAUCUCACUGGUUUCCUCGACUCGACAGACUCAGGUUUUUACAGACGAGCUCGUCUUCAUCGUCUUCAUCGUCGGACCAUGUUCUGGUUCCACCACUCGUUCCCGUGGCUCCUGCUGCUCAGUGCUGCCACCGCCGCUAACGUCUUCUUGGACGACCGCGCGGCCAGUCAGGUCCUGAGCCGCCGGAGACGAGCUAACUCCUUUCUAGAGGAACUGAAACAAGGAAACAUGGAGCGGGAGUGCAUGGAGGAGCGCUGCAGCUGGGAGGAGGCGCGGGAGAUCUUUGAAGACGGCGAGAAAACGAAUGAAUUCUGGAACAAAUAUGUCGAUGGCGAUGCUUGCGAGUCGAUGCCCUGCGCUCAUGGAGGACACUGCAAAGACGGGAUUGGCACUUACUCCUGCUACUGCAAGGCUGGGUACCAGGGCUUCAACUGCCAGAUCGUGAUUCCUGAGCUCUGCGAGUCCAAAAAUGGCGGCUGUGAACAUUACUGCAAAGUGGUGCAAGGAAACGUUCAGUGCUCCUGUGCUGACGGAUAUUUCCUGGCGUCUGACGAUAAAUCCUGUCACUCCAACCAGACCUUCAAGUGUGGUGCCAUCGUCACCAAAGACACCCGGACUGUUUUCAGGUACGUUCGACCGAACGUAACAGAGGGAAAUACGACAGGGUUCAACACGACAGACCCGAACUCCAACUCCAAAGACAUGACGUCCUCAGGAAACCACAGCCAGAUUGAAAUUGUUCCAGAACACAUCAUCUUAGAGGAACUGAUCAACCCUGAGAUGGCCAGUAUGACCCGAAUUGUCAAUGGAGAAGACUGUCCACCAGGAGAAUGUCCAUGGCAGGCUCUCCUCCUGAAUGAGGAUGAUAUUGGCUUCUGUGGAGGAACCAUCCUCAACGAGUACAUCAUCCUGACCGCCGCCCACUGCAUGAACCAAUCCCGUUACAUCUACGUUAAACUCGGUGAGUUUGACACGUUGGUGGAUCACGGUAAUGAAGCAACACACUACGUGGAGGCUAUCGCCACGCACUUUAAAUACCAACCACAGACCUACCACAACGACAUCGCACUCAUCAAACUCAGCAAGCCAAUACAGUUCUCCAGGUUCAUCGUCCCGGCAUGUUUGCCUGAGCAGGAUUUUGCGGAGAAGGUGCUGAUGCGGCAGCCAGACGGCAUGGUCAGUGGUUUCGGUCGCCUCGGCGAGGGUCGGCAGGCGUCCACCAUCUUGCAGCGCCUCACGUUACCCUACGUGGAUCGGCACACCUGCAUGGAAUCCACCCAGUUCCGAAUCUCCCAGCGUAUGUUCUGCGCAGGCUACCACACGACACCCAAGGACGCCUGUCAGGGCGACAGUGGCGGGCCGCAUGUCACCCGCUACCACGACACGUACUUUGUCACAGGCAUCGUGAGCUGGGGUGAAGGCUGCGCACGCAAAGGGAAGUAUGGUGUCUACACCCAGGUGUCCAAGUACACCCGCUGGAUCCGUGACGGAAUGGACAGUAUGGUGCACAAAAAGAAGAGCGGCAGCAGGGUCAAGAGGCACCACAGCGCCAUCGAGAGGCUGGUUCUGUGAGACAGUGAACUCAGCAGAGAAGAAAUCAACCACAUGUUUUAUAUCAUCAUGUAUUCUACGCGUCGCACUCAUUGACAGUCAAGUUCCAGAAACACGUGACAACACAUUAACGAUGUUUUAUGAUGCGUUCACACCAAACACACAGACGUUUUUCAGGUCACAUGACUUAUGCCGGGAUCAGACCACACGAUGUGUCUCUCUUUCACAUCAGUCAGAUUAUUAACCACAGUGGCAUGGAUUGCUGCUGUGUCUUGUUCAGGGGACUGCUAACACUAUAAGAGUGACCCCUGACCUAUCAUCGUUCACGACAUAGGUCACGUACGUCAUCGGUGAGGCGGGGCAACCUGUCAAUCAUGGCUACCAAUGAGUGACGCCCACUGACUUUUGUCGUGGUCGUUUCUUAAGGAGACGUUGCUGUUGUCAAAGCUUCCACCUCUUCACCCAGUGAAUGUCUUCAUGUUACGCUGUGUCAGUGCACUCCAUUCCCCUAUUGGUCAACAUCCAGGAGCCAGUCAUAGGAGACCUUGUGUUACACUAAACAUCCGGUCAUUGUGUAAGUCUGAAUUUGUGUCGUCUGAUCCCGACAUUAGUCUGAGUGAUGAGCACUGGGUUUUAUCGAUGUUGGAAACUAAAGUCAACAUAAUCGCAAUCAACACAAAUUUUGUGUCUUUGCAGAGUGAAAUUAUGCAAAAUUCUCAUUCACUUGCGACUUACUCACUGUGGUGUGAACGGACCAUAAAAGACAUAAGUGAAAACGAUCAGAUUAGCUUCAAUUCUUAACCCAUUUUGGCCACUUGGGGGCAAAAUGGGUAAAGAAUUGAAGCAAUGACAGUGUCAAUAAUUACUUGUGGUGUUCCUCAGGGAUCUGUUCUCGAUCCUUUUAUAUUUUCUUUAAAGACGCGGUCAUUAAUGUUGUCGUGUCCGUGAACUCUAAUUAACUUGUUCAUUUCUUUUUAGCAUUUCCAGUCCACCGUCCCCUGAGGGACAAGCGUUAGCUAACCCUAACCAAGAUAAUAAUCACAAACACAACAGGUUAACGAUCUGUAUUAUUAUUAUGAUCAUUAUUAUUAUUAUUAUUAUUAUUAUUAUUAUUAAUAAAAAAAUUAAAAGAUGGUAAAACUGAAAAUAAAAAUUAUUUUAAAA